AUUGAAGGCAGUACUCAGAGCCCCACAUGCUCCACUGUGCAGCCUUACAGUGGUGUUUCAGGGGGUGUGACCAGGAGACCUGCUCCCCAUCUCUUUCUUCUGCACACAGCCGAGCAUCCUGCACUCUUUGCUGCUCACUGGACCUUAAAACUCACUACCUGGAGCUCAGCUGAUCCAAAAAUACACCACAGAAGAAGAGUUUGACUUUGACAAGAGGGAAGGUAUUUCUACAAAAGAUCAAAUAUGAUAAGGUGGAUUGUGUUGCUGUCUGUGAGUCUACAUGUCAUCUCAGCAGCAUUUGAUUACAUUUAUGAAGAGCACUCAUUUAUGGACCCAGAGGAUGUGCUGAGCGUGAGCAUUCCUCUGGAGGAGCCACAGCGUCCUCUACUGGGAGCAACGUUGGUGCUACCGUGUUACUUUGAGGACCACACUGUCCCAGACCCAGGAGCUCCCUCCAUCGCACCGCUCGCUCAUCGAAUCAAAUGGAGCCAUGUCACUAAAGAAAAAGUCACGACUAUUUUAGUGGCCUUGGAAGGACAGGUGCUUAUCAGUGAGAGCUACCUGGACAGAGUUCAUCUGGUGGGCUACCCCAUGACUUCUACAGAUGCUAGCAUCAAGAUAUCUGAGCUGUGGUCCAGUGACACAGGAGUCUACCGCUGUGAGGUUCAGCACGGCAUCGAGGACAGCCAUGACAUCGUCCAUGUGCAGGUUCAAGGUAUGGUGUUCCACUACCGAGCCAUCAUUGGCCGCUACAGUUUGACUUUUGAAAAGGCAAAGGCAGUUUGCAUGCAGAACAGUGCGGUCAUGGCUUCACCUGAACAGCUUCAAGCAGCCUACGAUGAUGGCUUCCACCAGUGUGACGCUGGCUGGCUCUCCGACCAGACCGUCAGGUACCCGAUACGAGAUCCUCGUGUGAACUGCUAUGGUGACAAAGAGGAGCUGCCUGGGGUCAGGACAUACGGAGUGAGAGACCUCAAUGAGACUUAUGAUGUCUACUGCUUCACUGAGAAGAUGACAGGGAGAGUUUUCUACACUGCUGCUGCAGAAAAGUUCAACUUCUCUGAGGCUGAGUUUGCAUGCUCCAGUCAGGGAACUCAGUUGGCCACUACUGGUCAGCUGUACCUGGCCUGGCAGGGUGGGAUGGAUGUCUGUAAUGCCGGCUGGCUGGCAGACAGGAGCGUCCGCUACCCUAUUAACAUCCGUCGGCCGCAGUGUGGAGGGGGUCUGUUGGGGGUGCGAACUGUGCACCUCUACACAAAUCAGACAGGAUACCCACUUCCCGAGUCUCGCUACGAUGCGUUCUGCUACACAGAGUCCACUGAUGAGGAAGGUUCAGGCAUCAUAGAAGAAGGAAGUGGUUUGCUGAGUGUUACUACGGUGACACUGAGCCCAGAGGUGUUCUUCAGGAGGACAACCACAGAGAGUGAGGCGGUUGGAGAGGUGGAGACUCAGCAGCCUACCCAAGUGGACUUCACAGAGAGCCCUAUCCAGCUGCCGCUACCUCAGCCACCAAAUGUCACUGAGUUGGUGGUUGACCUGAUAGAGCCGGCCACCGCCCGACCCGACACACGUAGGGAACCCGGCAAAGGCUUUGUGAUGCCUCCUACUGGUGUGGUGUUCCAUUAUCGUUCAGGCUCCAGCCGCUAUGCUUUCACCUUCGUUGAGGCCCAGCUGGCCUGCCAAAGUGUUGGAGCCUCCAUAGCCACGCCAAAGCAGCUGCAGGCAGCAUACAAGGCUGGAUAUCACCAGUGUGAUGCUGGAUGGUUACUGGACCAGACUGUAAGGUAUCCCAUUGUUUUCCCUCGAGAAAAGUGUGAUGGAGAUCUAGGGGAACUACCUGGAGUUCGGUCAUAUGGUUUAAGGCCAGGAGACGAGAGAUAUGAUGUGUACUGUUACAUUGAUGGUAUCAAGGGGGAGGUUUUCCAUGUGGGUUCCGCUGAGGGUCUCACCUAUGAUGAAGCUUCUUCUAGCUGUCAAGAGCAGAACGCAGUACUAGCCUCCCCUGGAGAGCUGUACGCAGCCUGGAAAAUGGGUUUUGACAAGUGUCGCGCUGGCUGGCUAGUGGAUCGCAGCGUUCGUUAUCCCAUCAACAAACCCCGUAAUGGGUGUGGGGGUGGGAAACCAGGAAUACACACUGUUCACGCUCACCCCGACCAGAUAGGCUCCCCUGAACUUGAUGCCAGAUUUGAUGCAUACUGUUUUAGAGCGGAUUUUCUACUAAUUGCAAAUGAAACUGGACUGAACAUCACAGAUAUCGAAGCAGCCCUCCUUAACCUAACAUCAAUUACUGAUUUGUUGAAACCUGCUGUUCCUUCCAUUGUUGCUCCUAUUCCUGUGGAGACUUCGGGCUCUGGCUCCGGAUCUGCAGACUUUGGCUCGGGGUCUGCCGUUGAUGGUGCCUCUGGUGGUCACUCAGGAGAUCUGUCUGGAUCUGGUGACCUGUCUGGUUCCGGUGAUCAUGUUACCUCUGGAGAAUCGUCUGGUUCUGGAGCAUUUUCUGGUUUUGGACGUUUGUCUGGUUCUGGAGACCUUUCUGGUUCUGGAGACUUAUCUGGUUCUGGUCAUUUGUCUGGGUCUGGAGACCUAUCCGUUUCUGGAGACCUAUCCGGUUCUGGAGACCUAUCCAGUUCUGGAGACCUAUCUGUUUCUGGAGACCUAUCCGGUUCUGGAAACCUAUCUGUUUCUGGAGACCUAUCCGGUUCUGAAGACCUAUCCGAUUCUGGAAACCUAUCCAGUUCUGGAGACCUAUCCAGUUCUGGAGACCUAUCCAGUUCUGGACACCUAUCUGGCAGUGCCGAGCUGCCAAGUGGGGCAUCAGGUUUCAACAGUGCAGAUGCUUCUGGGUCAGCUCUCAGUGGUGAAGGAUCCGGCAUCACUGUAGUUUUUUCGGGAAUGGACAGCAUUGUAUCUGGAGACGGCUCAGCUUCAGGAGGACUCCAAGAAGCUGGAGAAGGAAGCACAGGGAUCUUUAUAUUCCCUUCAUCUGAAUCAGGGUCUGGAAUGCUCAGUGGUAGCGGGGAUCUGUCUGGAUCUGGUUUCAGCUCUGCGGAGAGUGGCUCUUCCAUAGACAGCUCUGGGGAAAGUGGACAGUUUUCUGGCAUGUUCUCCGGUUUCAUCACAGGCCAGGACUUUUCUGGGUUUCAUGGUUUCCCAUCAGGAUUCUCUUCAGGAAGUGCUAGUGGACACUCGGGAGAGCUUUCGGGAAGUGGAGACUCACAGAUCUUACUAAUAGAUGGACAACUUAUCGAUGCGUCUAUCUCUACUACCAACAAGGAGUAUGAGUUUGGUGGAGGCCUACUGGCAUUCAGUGGCUCUGGAGACAUCUCAGGGUCUGGGAUUAUCAGUGGGGAUCUCAGUGGCUCCACCUCUGGAAGUGGCUCUGGGUUCUUCUCCUCAGGCGUGACCUUUAUUGGGUCAGGGUUCACCGACCUAACAGUGUCAUCCUCUGGAGAGCAGGAAGCCUCUGGUUUAUUAGUGUACAGCUCUGGACAGGGAAGUGGUGGACAUUUGUCUGGAUUUGGAAGCUCAAGUUUUAUCUCGGGUUCUGGAUCGGGAAUGUCUGGAUCUGAGUCCUCAACGAGCGGAGAAGAAAGCAGUGUUACAUUUUUAAGUGGGGAUUUUACGUCAGAGGUAUCCAGAGACACUACACUGUCUAUGGAGCUUGGAGACGGAUCAGUGGAGUACAGUGGAGAUGGAAGCAGUAGCAGCAGUGGUUUGUCCUCUGGCACUGGAGACAACCACUUAUCCACAGCCAGUGGCUCUUCUUCAGGAUCUUCCUCUGGGGAUCUGCCGACGGUGGUGCCACCCUCACCAUCCAGUAACUGGGCACUGACUGAGAGCACCAUAGGGCCAGAGGAAGUCCAUGGUCUGGUGGAACCAACCCAGAUCCCUGUCGACGUCUAUGGAACUCCAUACUCUGUACUCGCCCCCGCAGGACUGGCUGCCCCUCCUACCGCAGCUUCACCAACCUCUGUGCAGACACCAGGCUUUGUGAAAGGAACUGAUUCACUGGAGGGUUUUAACCCGUGUGAACCCAACCCCUGUGGUGCUUCUUUAUGCAUAGUAGAGGAUGGGGUUGCUGUCUGCCAUGAGGUAGAUGUGUGCCAUCCCAACCCUUGUGCCAAUGGAGCCACCUGUGUGGAGAGUGCAGAAUCUUACAAAUGCUUAUGCCUGCCAAGCUACGGAGGGGAAAGAUGUGAGAUCGAUGAGCAGCAGUGUGAAGACCGUUGGACUAAGUUUCAGGGGAACUGCUACCGACACUUCUCUGACAGAAAGUUGUGGCUGGAUGCAGAGCAGCAGUGCAGGGACAUGAACGCCCACCUGGCCAGCAUCAUCACCCCAGAGGAGCAGGACUUCGUCAACUUAAAUGGACAGAACUAUCAGUGGAUCGGGCUGAAUGACAAGACCGUAGCGAAUGACUUCCGCUGGACGGAUGGCACUCCACUGCAAUACGAGAAUUGGAAGCUGAACCAACCUGAUAAUUACUUCAACUCAGGAGAAGACUGUGUGGUGAUGAUCUGGCAUCAGAACGGCCAGUGGAAUGACGUGCCGUGCAACUACCGCCUGCCGUUCACUUGCAAGAAAGGCCCCGUGUCCUGUGGCGCCCCGCCUGAGGUGGAGAAUUCCCAUAUGUUUGGUAACAAGAGGGAAGAAUACCCUGUCAACUCCAUCAUCCGCUAUCAGUGCAACCCAGGGUUUUUACAGCGCCACCCUCCGGUGGUCCGAUGUAAGGCAGACGGUCAGUGGGAGGAGCCCCAAGUGGAAUGUACUGAUGUUAAAGCCAGAAAAAGAACACAGCCGAGCACUAACAGGAUGGCAGCUGGUGGCAAGCUUCACUAGAAGAAAAAAAAAGAGGACUUCAUUAUUUAAGAACGUUUGCAGCACAAAUCCAUUUUUUAUUUUAGUGAAGAUGACUUUAAAGGGUAUAAUAGUUGGAAGGCUACAUCAUUUUUUGAUCCCCUGUCCCUCAUAAUAUAUUUUAAUUAUAUAUAAUAUUUUUGAUUGCUCUGAGUUUAUUUGCAUUGUGUGUUGUGAUUUAAUUUUGUUUAGUGAAUCUAUUGCAUACCCAGUUAGAAAUUGUUGGUUCUAAAAACAUUCUGAGAAUGUUACCAUUCAUUGUUCUAGGAAUGUUUUCAGUGGGAAGUUUUAUUU